CGUCAUGUUGGAUGUAAACAUAAACACAUGCGCUCGGCAAUGUGCGGCACGGUCCAGCCUCAGUGGAAAAGAAUGUGAAAAAGUGUAUUUUAGUGAUAAUUAAACAUGUCCUCCAUCAUACUGAACACGCUACGGAGACAGUGCGUCAGUCAGUUCCGCACGCGACUACUCCAGCAGUCGUUUUUGGCGACAACAAGCCGUGGAUUUCACAUCGCACCAAUCGACUGCGCCCCCAAACCUCACCAAAAGGAUGAAUUUUCCCACCUAGAGGCUGCCCAUAGUCCGGACCAGUUUGGCACACUGUCGCCCCAAGUAGAGGAACCAGAAACACCCGACGAGGGUGACCUAAAGGAGGAAGACUUUCUGCAAAACAUACCCGCCCCGGGACAGAAGCUGUCCGUGCGGCAGUAUGCCGACCUGAUCAAGGACCACCUGAAGAACAACCGCAUCCGGGAGGCGCUGGAUGUGGUCGAGGUGCGCAUGAAGCAGGACCGGGUAAAGCCCGUCAACUACCACUUCAACCUGCUGAUUGGUGGGUGUGCCCGGGUAGGCUACAGCAAGAAAGCGUUUCAGCUGUACAACAAAAUGAAACAGCACGACCUGAAGGUAACGGGCGGCACGUACACGUCGCUGUUUAAUGCGUGUGCGGUGUCACCGUUUCUGGGCGAUGGGCUGAAGCGGGCGAACCAGCUGCGCGAGAUCAUGCUGGAGAAGGGGUACGAGCCGAACGAAUCGAACUACAAUGCGAUGAUCAAAGCGUACGGACGGUGCGGCGAGCUGAAGACGGCGUUUCAGCUGGUGGAUGAGAUGGUGGCGCGUCGGUUGAGCAUUGGCACGGAUACGUUCAACUUUCUGCUGCAGGCGUGCAUUAGCGAGCGAGAGUAUGGGUUCCGGCAUGCGCUGCUCGUGUGGCACCGGAUGCACCGGUUGCGAAUCAGCCCGGAUCGGUACUCGUUCAAUCUGUUGCUUCGCUGUGUGCGCGACUGUCAGCUGGGCGAUCUGGAGACGACGCAGCAAGUGAUUGAGCAAAUUCUCGCGGAAAGCAUUGGAGGUAAUGCCGGGAAACAGGUGCCAGCGAUUGAGGAACCGUCGGUUGAAGCAAUAGAGCGGUCGGAAGAGGACAACGCGGAACAGCAGCAAACGCUCGCUACAAUCGUCACAAAUCGAGAGCUUACCGAGCGCCUCAAUCACGAAGGUGUUCCGGAUCUGCUAUCCCCCCAGCCCCAUCUCGGCAGCUUGGUAAGGUUGGGCGAAGUGCGAAAACCGGAGGACCGUUUGUUGCUGCUCGGUGGCUCGUCGAACGUGUUCGCUGAAAUGCGGCGGUGCGGGGCCGAGCCGGACAUACGCACCAUUACCGAGCUGCUGGACGUGAUUCCUUCGACGUAUGCCGCCGAAAAGCAGCUGCUCGGUACGAUCAAGCAGCUCAAGCUGCGGUGCGAUAUCGAUUUCUUUAACAUACUGAUAAAAAAGCGAUCGAUGCGGUUCGACUAUGAGGGUGCAAAGGACGUGCUGUACAUGAUCGAGGCGGCCAACCUGGAACCGGACAUCGUCACGUACGGUGUGCUGGCGCUCGGCUGCCAAACGCAGGAGGAAGCUCGCUCACUUCUGAAAAUGAUGCACGAGGCGGACGUGCGCAUGAACAUACAAAUCCUCGGCGCCAUGUUGCGGCAGGGUUGCGCGAAGCAGAACUUUCGCUACGUGACGGAAAUCCUGCAGAUCGUGAAGCGCGAGCGGCUAAAACCGAACGAACCAUUUCUGCGCCAUCUGGAGGAGUUUGGCCGGGUGUGCGAAAAGCGGGACCGCGAGUACGAUGCGAAACCGCGCAAAAGGGGAAGGGAUGAGUUUAAGCAGGAGUACAACCGGUACCGGAUGCAGCUGGAUGCGUGGCGCGAACAUAUGGGACUGCAGGGGUUGGCGCUCGACCAAGCGCUCGGCAUUGUGCGCGAACAUCCGUGGGAACAGUUUAAGGAGCCGCAGGCGGAGGGGUACGAGGCGGUGAAAAAUCCAAAGCUACGCCACAAGCGAAAGAAGCAACACUCGAUACGGAGGGUCGAUGUGGAGGCGAUCGAGGACGAUGAUGAUCGCGGGCAAGGAAAGGAGCACGAUCAGACGAAGGAAGUGAAGUUAGCGCAUUAGCCGGCAGGAGUGUAGCCAGCACUAAGCUAAAUAAACGUGAGCCGUAGAAUGUGAUUUAGUCGAGUGAAGAAAACCUUCCGUUCGUUGUUUGGUAUUUUAAAUAAUGCGCACUUUAUUUCAACCUCUUAACUGAGUAUAACUGGCCACUCGUUCUCUCCUCUCUCUCUCUCUCUAUCUUUUUUUUUACAAACAUUACAUCAACCAAGGUGUCUACUCCCGCCCGUUUUCCCAGGUGAGGGAUUGCCCACGUGUCAUGGAUUGCUACGAUGGAUGGGCUGAUGCGAUCACGAUGGGCUUUCUCCACCACAGUAGUGCCACACCACACCACACUAAUCAGCGCACACUAAUUACACCGGCAUAUUACGCACCUGCUCACAGCUAUUGCUAACGUCCUACAAAUUACUAAAACAAAAAAACCUUUGGGAUGAUAUUACAAUUACUAAACACGCGGGUUAGUGUAGAAUGGGAUUUCCUUUACGGGAUUACAGGGGAAAAUGGGAGGGUGGUUUGUUUACAGUGUUCUGCUUUGUUUUUAUAUUUUAAGACACUAUUAUUUAUUAUGUAUUACAGGGAUUAUCGAGGGUUUUCUCAUAGUUGUGGGACUCUUUCUUAUGGGAAGUUACCUUCAGAUGAUGCAAAUUGGACUCUAUGGUACCCUUUUUGCGACAGACUGUUUGGAAAUUCCUAUUAGAUUUGUCCCACAAGUGUGCUAUAUAGUCCAAUUCGUUAAGUUCAUUUCCAGUAAGAAAGAGUCAAUAAAGUGACGCACAGCUAUGAGAACUCAUGGCUAGUGCCUCCGUCCAUUGCUUUCCCCCUGUUUCAGCAUACAAUAUGGCCUGUUUUUCUUUCGCCUUCUGCUUCCUUCCCUUCCCGUCCGAUUGGCGGUCGUGUGAAUUAAUUCGGGGUGAGAUAUCGUGUGAACCUUACAACGCUAUGCACUUUGCUUCUUCGUCCCUUUUUCGUUAUUUAUAUACAAUUAGUAGCACUUCCACUACUACCACUACUAUUACACUACUAAACAUAAACUUUCGCAAACAUAACAUUUGUGUAACAUUUCUUAUUUGUUUCCUCUUUCUCUCCCUCUCGCUCUCUCGCUCUCUCUCGAUAUCCGUUUUUUGUUCGAUUUAGCUUUUAUUUUUUUCCUUUUUCACUAAGAUUUAUCUCACCAGGGAACUGAGUUUAACACUACUAAAGCUUUCUUUAAUAGGGGGAUUGCCUUCGGCUACGCACGUGUUUUUGUGUGUGUUUGAUUGUUUGAGGAAAAUUUGUAUUCCUUCGAGCUCAAUACUUUACCAAAAACUUCGAGUUCAGUGGUUGAGGUGAGGUUUACUUUCGUGCUUUUUCUCUACAUUUUUUUACUUACUUUCAUUUUAUUUUUGCUUUCAUUUUUUUGUUCCUACCCUAAGCACACUAUUUUGUUGUGUCUGUUUUUGUGUCGUAUUUGCUUUCUUUUUUCUUCCUAACUUUGGUACUUUGUUGCUAAGAGUGUGUCUCUGUCGGUGAGUAUAUUAAUUUUCGGUCGGAAGGGAGG